UAUUUAAAAAAAUAAUAAUCCCUGAAUGCAUUUUCACUGGAACAAGAAUGGCUUUUUCUGUACUUCCAGUGUCACACUGCCUCAGAGAUGGAGUAAACACCGUGUGAUUGCUAGCUUUCUUCUGAUCUGCUUGUCUGCUUCCCUUAAUGACAGUGUUGAAGUGUUGGUCAAUUUCUUUGCUGUCCUACUUGGGUGAUAUAGCUUCUUAGAUCUCUCUCUGAGUAAUCUUAGUAUUAUUUGAGCAGCACUGUGACCUACUCUCACCUUUUUGUCAACAGAUGCAGUGAGCUCUCUGUACUACUCAUCUUUUUCUGUUCUGAUAUAAUAACAUACAAUAAUACAGCGCUGCGAAAUGUCUACUAUUGACAUGAUGGUGUGUAUUAAGGGAGGUAUGCAUGUUACUUCCUAGUGAGAUGGAACUCACCUGGAAUGACUUAAAAGAAACUUCUGAGUAUCCUGGCUACGUUUGUAGUUUGCGUGUUGCCAUGGCUAACUCACCUGUGAUGGUGUGUUCCUGCUCUGUGUGCAAGAGACAGAUUGCAUCUGCCAAGGUUUUUCUGUAGUGUUGUGCAGCAGUGGUUAGGGCUGGUUUGUUAGCUUUGUGACAUUCAGUGUGAAAUCUCAAUCUUGACACUAAGGGUUCAGAAAUACUAGAAUUUCCACCUAUGAAUAUGUAUUUGUAUAGCUCUAUGUGAAGUAAAGCAUUAAUUAUACUCCAUUCUUAAGUAUGGACUUUGAGCACAUUCAGUAUUCUUGUUUGAAGUACCCUUAGUAGAAAAAAACUGUUACGUGCCUUUUCUUAAUUACAAACUUCAAUUAUUUAAAGAGGCCAAGAGGAAAUGGGUUGGACUCCCAGCUGUGCAAGAAGCUUUUAAGCUUUGGGAAUAGAAUUCCAGCAGUGUUUUGAAGAACUCUUUCAGUUGUGACAAAGGAUCACAAAAGUGCCGAAGUGCAGACUUUGAUCACAUUAUGGAGGAAGGCUAUGAACUUGACCUCACUUACAUCACGGAACGGAUCAUUGCUGUAUCCUUCCCUGCUGACUGUUCUGAGGAAACUUACCUCCACAACCUACAAGAUGUAACACGAAUGCUCAAAUCCAAACAUGGGAAUAAUUACCUGGUGCUAAACCUUUCUGAAAAGAGGUAUGACCUUACCAAGCUUAACCCAAAGAUUAUGGAUGUGGGGUGGCCUGAUCUCCAUGCACCACCUCUUGAUAAGGUGUGCACCAUCUGCAAGGCAAUGGAAUCAUGGCUGAACAGUGAUCCUCAACGUGUGGUGGUGAUCCAUUGCAAAGGAGGAAGAGGAAGGAUUGGCGUAGUCAUUUCAUCGUAUAUGCAUUUCACCAGUGUUUCGACAAGUGCCGAUCAGGCUCUAGACAGAUUUGCUAUGAAGAAAUUCUUUGAUGAUAAAGUUUCAGCUUUAAUGCAGCCAUCCCAGAAAAGGUAUGUGCAGUUUCUAAGUGGCCUUCUAUCUGGAUCCGUGAAAAUGAAUACAGCUUCACUUUUCCUGCACCAUGUUAUCCUUCAUGGCAUCCCAAGCUUUGAUGCUGGGGGAGCUUGUCGGCCUUUUCUGAAGUUGUACCAAGCUACCCAACCCGUGUAUACAUCUGGAAUAUAUAGUGUAGAGUCAGAAAAUCAAAACCGAAUCUGCAUUGCUAUAGAGCCAGCCCAGCUUUUGAAAGGAGAUGUUAUGCUGAAGUGUUAUCAUAAAAAAUACCGAUCAGCUACUCGUGAUGUGAUUUUUCGCCUUCAGUUUCAUACUGGAGCUAUUCAAGGAUAUGGGUUGGUGUUUGGUAAAGAGGACUUAGACAGUGCCAAUAAAGAUGACCGUUUCCCUGAUAAUGGCAAAGUGGAAUUAGUGUUUUCAGGAACUCCAGAGAAAAUUCAAGGAUGUGAACUCCUUCAGAACGAUCAUGGAGUGGUAGUUGAUCACAACACCUCAGACCCGCUGAUACGCUGGGACUCUUACGAAAAUACGAGCUCCGAUGGGGAAGUGCUGCAUACCCAAGGUCCUAUUGAUGGCAGUCUCUAUGCAAAAGUCAGAAAGAAGAGCUCUUCAGACGGCAGUAUCCCUGGUGUUGCUCAAGGUAUUCCUGUGACCAGCAGUCCUGAUCACAGAGAUCACACCCUGUCUGUCAGCAGUGAUUCAGGACAUUCAACAGCUUCUGUCAGGACAGACAAAACUGAAGAGCACCUUAUGCCAGGAGUCAAACGGGUUCUGAGCCCACAGGAGAAGGCAGAACUGGACAAACUACUUAGUGGCUUUGGUUUGGAGGACUCUGUCAUCACCACCAGGAGUGUGACUGAUGGUGGAAGCAAGUACAGUGGGACUCACCACAUAGUACCGGCUCAGGUUCAUGUGAACGGGGACACCAAACUGAAGGACAGGGAAACUGAUAUUCUGGAUGAUGAAAUGCCUAAUCAUGAUCUUCACAGUGUAGACAGCAUUGGGACUUUGUCUUCUUCAGAAGGGCAGCACUCCACCCAUCUAGGAAACUUGAGUUGCCCCAAGAGCAGUCAGAACUCGCUUCUCUCAGAUGGCUUUGGAAGUAACACAGGGGAAGACCAUCACAAUGCCAUUGCCCCAGACCUGGGAAUUGGUGUGGAUCCCCUCUAUGAAAGAUCAUUUGGUAACACUGAGCCGAAGUCACCUCAGCAAUUGCAAAGGAAUCCUUGUGUCUCACCCCAGCCUCAAGCCUAUGACCCAAGUAACUACUCUACUCACACCUGGGUUUGCCAGCAGCAGAUGGUCACUGCUCACCAGUAUGGUUUUGUGUCACAGAACGAAAUGAGGGAUGGUAUUCAUAAGACUGUGGAGAAUUUAGGCAUUGUCCAGAGUCAGUCCCAGGUCCCAGACAUGCUGACACAUGGCUCCAGCAGUAAAGAUGCUGUUCAGAGAGGACUAGGAAGCAUACCAGGUGUUGCUGAAGGUGCAGAACCCGGAGACAGUGAGAGUUUUAAGACAGAGCUGGUGCUUCAGAGGGACACAAAUAGCCAGGAUCUUGGACCAAACACAGGGGACUUGCCAGCUUCUCCAACUUUGGAUAUUGAUCAGUCCAUCGAACAACUGAACAGACUGAUCUUGGAAUUAGACCCUACAUUUGAACCUAUCCCAACCCGCAUUAACACUGUCACCAGGGACACAAAUCAAGCAAAUGGCUUCACUAGCCGUAAUACAGAUGUGGAAGAGCUUGUCAUGAGCCCUGGCAUCCAUGAGAAAUUAGAGGUCACAAACAGGAAUGCCUUCCAAAAUGGUUCAAAAGAUAAUGAUGCAAUGGUGGGAAGGAACAGAAAGUUAAGUGUUGGACAGUAUGACAAUGAUUUCCCUGGGCAGUCACUUUAUAGCGGGUGUGGAUGGAUGAAGUCUCUUGUUCCUGACCAGGCUGUAAAUCCAGGAUCACUAAUCCCCGUGGGGGAGACCAAAGAGAUGUCGUGUUAUCAAGACGAAAUAUAUGGAGGAAUCUUCUCCCUAGCCAGAAAUGGAAAUGAAGAUGCCCCAUCCACACCAGCUUUUUCACUGCCACCAGAGACGCCAUAUGUGAGAACAUCUCCACUGUACCAUCAGCAGAUUUCCUCCAGCCAAAAGGUCAUUAGCCCAUCUGGGCUGUACAAAACCAGUCCUGAAUCUCAGAGUUACACAGAAGCCCUUAACCAUCCUGCAAUAGUGUCUGACAAAUCCAUCGACGCCAACCCUGCUUUGCUGAGACCCAACACACAGGUGGAUCCUUCCUUUCAACGCUGUUUAGUGUCCUCAUGUCCAGCCUCAAGUAACAGUUCUGUGCCAGUGGGAGAAAGCUCUCUUGCGACAGAACAUUCUUGGAUUGAAAACAGCCCUAAAUCUUCCAAAUUGUUCCAGCUUUCAAUAGAAAGCAACAGGCCGACAGGAAGCUAUCAUGUGCCUUCUGAAUUUUCAAACCCUGUGCAAGAUGGUUCUCUUUUGUCUCAUUUCCAAACCCCAGGGCUGCAAGUUGUCACCCUGAGCAACCUGGAGAAAUCACCAACAGAGCAACAGCCAGCACCUGCUGUCAGUAACAGUGCUCAGGCUUACCGAAGCUACAAUGGGGCCAACGUGGGCAUUAGUUCCCCCAAAGAGGAGAAACAAGCUACUUUCGUUGCCAACACUAGCAUCUCUCCUAAAACCAUGAGCUCAUCUGUAGAAAGUGCAGAAGAUGAUGGCUUUUUGGCUCAAAACUUUCUUGCUAUGACCUCCGGACGUAUUAAUCAGAACAGUGCAGUCCAUCCGUGCCUUGGAGGGAACCUACAUUCUCAACCACCUCUUCCAGAGAAAAAGAGAUCCUCUGAAGGGGACCGUUCCUUCACCUCCAUCUCACCUUCUUCAAGUGGUUUCUCAAGCCCCCACAGUGGAAGUACAAUCAGCAUCCCCUUCCCAAGUGUUCUCCCAGAUUUCUCGAACACUUUAAACACUUCCCUGGUGCCAGAAAACACAACAGAGAAACAAGUGACUGUAAAAUUUGUCCAGGACACAUCCAAGUUUUGGUAUAAACCAGAUAUUUCAAGAGAACAAGCCAUUGCUGUUCUCAAGGACAAGGAGCCUGGGUCAUUUGUUGUUCGAGACAGUCAUUCUUUCCGGGGAGCCUAUGGGCUAGCAAUAAAGGUUGCUUCACCACCUCCUUCUGUACUGCAGAUGAACAAGAAAGUUGGAGAUUUGUCAAAUGAACUUGUAAGGCAUUUUCUGAUUGAGUGCUCUCAGAAGGGGGUUCACUUGAAAGGAUGCCCAAAUGAACCAUGCUUUGGGAGUUUGACCGCUCUGGUGUACCAGCAUUCCAUUACUCCACUGGCAUUGCCCUGUAAGCUCCUCAUCCCAAACAGAGAUCCAUUGGAAGAGAUGGCAGAAACUUCUCCACAGACCGCUGCAAACUCAGCAACAGAACUUCUCAAACAGGGUGCAGCAUGUAAUGUUUGGUAUCUGAAUUCAGUGGAGAUGGAGUCCCUCACAGGCUACCAGGCAGUACAGAAAGCCUUCAGUCUGACACUGAUGCAAGAUCCUUCUCCCAUCUCAACCAUUGUCCAUUUCAAGGUGUCUGCACAGGGAAUCACACUGACAGAUAACCAAAGAAAACUCUUUUUCCGGCGACAUUAUCCAGUCAACACUGUUAUUUUCUGUGCUUUGGAUCCACAGGACAGAAAAUGGAUGAAAGAUGGCCUUUCUGCAAAAGUAUUUGGGUUUGUUGCCAGGAAGCAAGGCAGUGGCACAGACAAUGUGUGCCACUUAUUUGCAGAGCAUGAUCCAGAGCAACCUGCCAGUGCCAUUGUGAAUUUUGUGUCAAAGGUCAUGAUUGGAUCCCAGAAGAAGAUCUGACUGUUUUCCAACCUUGAUUCAAGAGCUCUUCACUGACUUCGUUUAAGAAAAGCACUGUGAUAUGGAGAAAGCCUGAUCAGCAGGAAUGUCAAUCCCAAGAAAGAGAUCAGCCUUUUAUCUGAAGAUGCCUCUGAUUUAGCGAAGCAUUAUUUGUUUCUUUCCAUUUCAAAGGACAAUGCAAAAGAAACUGGGUACCACCCAAACCUGUAGCCCGUAUCUGAAAGAAGCAUAAAUGAAAAGCUUUUCUCCUGAAGGAUUUCUAAUAUUAUUUUCACAUUUCAUCAUUUAUUUCAUUAUUUCAUCUUUUGGAUCAGAAAUACUCACUCACUACUAGACUGUGCUGUUUUUAUGCAGAAUUCAUAUAACCUCCACAAAGAAACUUGAUGUAGUUGCAUCAGUGGUAGCUAUAGGUCCUGCAAACACGUUUUUUAAGGAGACCAUUUGCUCUUUCCUUCAUCUUUUUGGGAAUCAGUGAUGGGAACUGAACGGAGAAAGGGGAAGAUGUAUGUGACAAGAAGGCUUGUGUAAGUUGGUUUCUGAUAAGAAAAGAGCAGCAAUGUGGAAGAUUGCACUGUAUUUAGCAUAAAGAAGAGUGGGCAGUUUUAAUGGGAAUGGUUUAAAACAGAGGAGACAGCAGAACAGAAAAAAAAAUGGUUGCAUGGAAACAUUCUGUAAUUGUAUAUUUUAUUUUUUUUUAAUACUAAGAACUAAGGGAAGAUGUUUUAAUAAUAAUCGCAGGAUAAAAAUGAGGGAAAAGCAAAUAAAUUUUUAUAACUUAUAUUUUCGCCUGUGCCAGAUUAUUUAUAGUAAACCUCAGAUCUUGCUAUUUCAUAUGGGUAUUUGUGGAAAAAGAAUGUUGAGGUUUGUCACUCAGCACUAUUUUGUGUAAGUAAAAAUAUACCUUGCUAUAGAUGACAGAGUAUCAUGUUUUUACUUCUGCUUUAUAGUGACAAGUUAAUUCCCUUUUCCACGUCUCUUUGCAACACUGCUUUGGCAGUAAUAUUUGUUCCCCUAAUUCUUAUGUAAUUGGGUUCUUUUUGCUCCCCUUUUUAUUGGACACUUGGGGAUUUAUUUUUGAAUUUUUUAAUCUGUAGGAAGGAUUGUUAUGGUUUAUAACUUUUAAUAAUUCCUUGAGACAAGAAAUGCAAAAGGGAAUUGAAUUUAUUUUGUUACUCUGUCCAGUUUCUUGAGAUAUUUCUGUCAUGAUUUGUACAGCUGUCACAUCUAUAAGUAUCUUUGUAUAUCUUUCUAAACACAUCUGUAUUUUAAAUGCGUAACAAAACACUAGUUAACUUCAUAGCAAUGCAAUAUUACAGGAAAUGGAUACAAGAGGUUAGAAUGGUAAUAUUCACAAGCUAAGCCAUCUGAGGUCUACUGUGUAAUUCCAAAAAGAACAGUCCUAGACCUCCGUAUUAGAACUGAGGAGAAUAAAGCAACUGCAAUGUGACAGUGCUAAAAUUUUUAUUGCUUCUAUUUCUUUUAUGAGUUGCUGUAAAUGUUUCAUUAAUAACCUGUGGAAUAAAAUAUGAAUUCAGCAUAAUGGAUGCACGAGGCACUGGAUUAACUAGUAUCCUAGAGGAUUUCAUCCUUUAAUCCUAUUUUACUAAAUAAUGACUUAAUCAAAUGGAACAAUAUGAUAGAGCUGGUUCCACAAUCUGAAUGAUGUUUAUCCUGUAUAAUUGGUGAUUUGAUUUUUAUUAAUAGCUUUCAUCCCGAUUUUCCUUAAGUAUUGGGACUGCGAAAGCCUUACUCAGUCACCAUACCCCAAAAUAUUACCAAAUUGCUUGGUUAACUAACAGCUCUAUAUAAGUAAACUUUAUAAAUAACCCCUUACAAGGAAAGGGAGCGAGAAACAGAAUAGAUUUGAAAUCUAAUAUAUUGGGACCAAAAAGUGGUGAAUUAGUAACAGCAGACACAGGAUGUCAUAGAACGGUGAAGCAAUCCAAAGUAUUGUAGCUACCAUUGAAGCAACAAAAGCAAGUGCUAUUAAUUUUUACUAAAUUAUUUUCUUCUUCUGAUGCAGAGGUAUACUGCUGAAAUGGUGUGUAUGUACCAUUCAGAAAUACAUUUUUUAUUUUUAGGAGUUCUGAUUCUUUUGAAACACGUGGACACAAGUUCCUUUUAGUAUUCUUUUGAUGUACCAAGAAUGCAGUUACCUGAUCUGGUCAGAAAGCUGCAGUGCAGUGAAUUUUUUCAGCUGACAUCUCAAUUAGAUUGUCAGAUUUUCUGGGAGGAAAAUGUUACACAAUAAAUCUGAUGUGCUUUGAGCAUUUUAAAAUAUUUUUUUCACUUUUUUUAGGUGAUAGUUGAAUUUGAGUGUGCCUUUCUAGACACCAAGUCUAGGCCUCCGGUCUGUUUUUUAUGAUGUAUUGUCAUUUCAAUUUGAGGCUUCACUUUUUAUUCUUUAUGCGUUCUCGUGGCCUUCUGAGUUCAGGAGCAUAAGGAAUUGAAUGUUACCACUCCUGGUGGUGUUUCCUGGUUGUUCAGAUUUAUUUGGUAAGUAGGACAAAGAAAUUGCCCCGUUUCUAAGGGAGUUCUACUAUAUUCAUUCCUUUGGAUGCUAUAUUGUCACAUGCUUUUGCUUCUUAAUGAGUUAAAAAUCGCACAAAGCAAAACAGUUCACUAUGUACCAUUGUGUAUUGUAUGUAGAAGGAUAUUGACUAAACUUAUGUUUGUGACAAAUACAGGAUUAAAUAGUUAAUGCAGCACUUUCUUUCGAAGGUUUUUGGUAGAUCUGUAUAUGCGGUUUCAUAACUAAUGCCAGCAAGUUGACACACAUAUUUAGCCAGGCUCCUAUUAACCUGCUUAUUAUACUUAUUAUACUAAUUAUAGCAUUAAAAUUUUACAACACUAAACCACAAAAAAUGCUGAAAAUCAUGUUUUUAAUUAAAUGGUUUCUAUGUAUCCAACAUUAUCGUUAAAAAUGUAAUGUUCUUUUAUUUACCUACUAGUGAAAAUGUUUGCCUUUUCUUUAAACAAUAAGGCAACAGAAGGUCUUCAGUAUGUAAAUUAAUGUUCUAUAAAUCCUUUGUAUAGUCAUUUUCUCUGCUUUCCAAAUAUUGCCUUGAUUCAGAUUAUAAUAAAAUUAUGAAUGUGAAAUUUCACAGCACAGUGUUACAGGUAGUCUUUUCUGAAAGACAGUUGUUUUUCUGCAUUCAAGACCAAUUAAUGAAGGAAGUCUUGGUGAGGUGGGAAAAGAUUGAGUGCUGAAGCAAGGGUUUAAUUUUGUUUUAUAAAGAUUUCUUUCAAGGAUCUGACACCACAGACUUCUAUGGAGUCUUAGCAAUUCAAGUGUAAUCAAACCAUGUGGUUUUUUCUCGUGCAUUUCCUUUUAAAAUAGCAUAGAAGUGCCUUUUGCCUGCACUGCAUAUUUCAGUUUAAGGAGAAAGAAUUUAUGAUGCCACUUUCUGAAAUACUCGUAUGCAUUUAAAUGACUUAACUGUAGCCACUGCUCCAUCACCAUGACUACAGAAUCACAGAAUCACAGAAUCACAGAAUGGCCUGGGUUGAAAAAUGACUACAUUAGAAGAACUUGCAGAGGAGCAUGGAGAAGGUGGGUAAAAGGAAAGGUGGAGAGAUUAGAAAUCUAACCCCUAGUUAAAGUUGCUCUCUGUAUACUAAAUCUGUGCAUCAGCCCCAGAUUAAAGUUUUUUUAUUUAUUAUAUACAUGCAUUAUUAGGAUUACUUCUGAGAACGAUAAGCUCUAGUAUACAGUGCUAAUGCCUUUUCUGUGAGGCAUAGGCUGGAAUUUCUCAUUCUGUCUGCUUGACUGGAAGAUGGGGAGCAGAAUAGGUCCCCCACAGUUCAGGAGGAAACAGCAACCUUCUCUACCAAGACUGUUACACAUCUAAGGGUCCAGAUGGGAUCCACUCAAGGGUACUGAGGGAGCUGAUGGAAAUGCUUUCCAAGCCAUUUUCUGUCAUUUAUUAGCAGUCCAUGUCAACCAGGAAGGUCCCAGGUGACUACAGACCUGCCAGUGUGAUGUUUAUCUACAAGAAUUGUCAGAAGGAAGAUCUGGGAGACUGUCAGCCUGACCUCAAUAUCAGGAAGGCUGUGGAGCAAACAAUCUGAGGAGUGGUCACGCUCUGUGAGCAGAACAACCAGGGGAUCAGACCGAGCCAGCAUAGGUUCAUGAAAAGCAGGAUCCUGCUUGACCAAUCUGAUCUCCUUCUAUAUAGGUGACCACCUAGUGGAUGAGGGAAGGACAAUGGAUGUAGUGUAGAGGUCGCUUACGCCUUUGACACCAUCACACACAGCGUUCUCUUGGAGAAAGUGGCAGCUCACAGCUUAGAGGGGAGUACUCUUCGCUGGGUAAAAAACUGGCUGGAUGACCAGGUUUAGAGACUGGUUGUGAAUGGGAUUAAAAUCCACCUGAAGCUGAAUCCACAAACUUUAUGAGGGAGCAGCAGCUGUGGGAACUGAGAUUGUUUAUUCUGGAGGAGGCUUAAGAGAGACCUUAUGGCUCUGCACUACCUGAAAGGAGGUUGUAGCAAGGUGAGAGUUGGUCUCUGUGCAGGUUACUAGCAGUAGGAUGAGAGAUAAUGGCAUCUAGUUGUGCCUGGGGAGGUUCAAGUUGCAUUUGAGGAAAAAUUUCUCAUCUGAAAGAGUGGUCAAGCAUUGGCUGCCCAGGGAGGUAGAGGAGUCACCACCCCAGAGCUUUUCAAGAAAUAUGUAGAGAUAGCACUUAAGGACAUGAUUUGGUGGGCAUAGUUGAUAGGUUGGUAGUUGGGCUUAGAGAUCUUUUCCAAUCUUAUUAAUUGUUUGAUUCUUAUGAGGAAGGGCUGAGAGAGCUGUGACAAUUCAGCCUAGAGGAAAGAAGACUUGAGAGGAUCUUCCAUCUGAAAAAAGGGAACAAAGAGGAUAGAGCCAGGCUCUUUUCUCUUAUCCCCGAGUACCACUGAAAGAGGCAAUGGGCAGAAUCUGAAACAUGGGAGAUUCCAUAUGAACAUCAGAGAACUUUUUUUUAAUUUGUAGAUGUCUGAGCCCUGGCACAGGUUGCUGAGAGAGGUUGUAGAGUCUCCAUCCUUGGAGAUAUUCAGAUGUGGUCUGUACAUGGUCCAUGGACAUGGUCCUCUGCAGCCUGCUCUUGGUUUGAUCAGGGUGUUUGGACCAGAUGACCUCCAAAGGUCCCUUCCAAUCUCAUUCAUUCUGUGAUUCUGUAAAUAUUAUUAAAACAUUAAAAUUAAGGCAAACACUUGUGCUUUAUGCAAAAGAGACUUAAUAUCUUCUAAGGAAAGGAAAUACAGUUUUGGAUAGUUUGCAUAAACAUAACAUCUGUGUUGGUCUGUUGGAUAUUUGUGGGCAUUACUUCAGUCUGUGUUCAUCUAGGUGUUGGUGGUUCUGUCUGUUUUUAGUUUAUGAGCUUGCUUGCCAUACAGAGAUCCCACAAGACUUGGGCUAGCACCAAAGGUGUGAGGGGAGCCAGACCUGUGUCCCUUAACAGCAGGGAUGAAGCAAAUAUUUGACUUGAGCUUGAGAGCAAGCUGAGGUGUGCUGCUUGCCAGCCAGCUGCAGAACAUAACCUUGCAUCUUAAAUACUCCAGUGCUUGUUUGAAAGCAAAACUUGCCUAGUGACAUACUCCAUUUUGGGAGAGGUGUAUCAUUUAUCUGUAUUAAGGUUAUCUCUAAAAAGGAGUUAAUACUAUGUAAAGCAAAAGUUUGCUUCAUCUUUCUCAGAGAUUUUUUAUAUAGAAUGAUUAAAUUGGCCUAGGCAAAGGUGUGAGCUUAAAUUUCAUAUUAAUUUUGUAAUAAUCUCGGUGAUGUUCUGAUUGUAAAGCAAGAAAGUGA